ACACGCCCCACAGCCGCCCGAUGGACUCAGCCGCUUCCAUCCGCCGACUUUCUCUACUGCGUGCGUUGGUGUGAAAGCAGAAGCAGAAGCAGCAGAAGAAGCAGCAGAAGCAGCAGAAGAAGCGCCAACAUGACCAGAUGCCUGAUUAGCAAGUCGGAGGUGCAAGGCUUUGUCGAGAGGUGCAUGACCAGCGUGGGCACCCAGCCGCAUCAUGCCCGCAGCCUGGCAGAGGUGCUGGUGGAGGGGGACCACCGGGGUCACUACAGCCAUGGACUCAACCGGAUGGACAUGUAUGUGAAGGACGUCCAGACCGGAAUCUGUGCCAAGGACGGUGAGCCGGUGGUGGAGAAGGAGAGUGCAGCCACGGCGUUGGUAGAUGGGAAGAACCUCCUGGGUCCUGUGGUGGGAAACUUCUGCAUGAAUCUGGCCAUUAAGAAGGCAAAAGAAGCCGGCAUUGGCUGGGUGGUGGCACACGGGUCCAACCAUUACGGUAUCGCCGGAUACUACGCAAUGCAAGCUCUGAAGGAAAACAUGAUCGGCAUGUCGUUCACCAACACGUCCCCGCUGGUGGUUCCCACACGCGGCAAAGAGUGCACUCUGGGCACCAACCCCAUCAGCGUGGCGGCUCCUGCUAAGGACGGAGACAGCUUCGUUCUGGAUAUGGCCACAUCUGCAGUAGCACUUGGAAAGGUGGAGCUCCACGAACGACGUGGAGACACCAUCCCUGAGGGCUGGGGCUGUGACGCUCAGGGCAAGCUGACCACCAACCCCAAGGAGGUCCUGAGCGGAGGAGGCCUGGUGCCCAUCGGCGGAAGCGAAGCCACAGGAGGGUACAAAGGCUUCGGGCUGGGGAUGAUGGUGGAGGUGUUCUGUGGUAUCUUGGCCGGUGCCCAGUACAGCAAACACGUCCGCACGUGGAAAGUAACAGAUCGUGUUGCAAACCUGGGUCAAUGUUUCGUGGCGAUCAACCCGGAGAACUUUGCCCCCGGGUUCAGCGAUAGGAUGUCGGACCUUCUGUCCAUCCAUAGAGGGAUGGAACCUGCGGACUCCGCCUCCCCGGUUCUGACCGCCGGAGAUCCAGAGAGGAUUAACAUGAAGAAGUGUGAGGAGAUGGGAGGGAUCCCCUACCACAUCAAUGUCAUCAACUACAUGAACGAAUGUGCCAAGAGAGUCGGCGUCCGCCCUCUGCUGCCGUGUGACAAGGUCAUCUCCAAUUAGUCCGUCCAGCCCAGAUCCCCAACUUCUGCUCAUCUUUAACUUGACAAUCUCAUUUUAUUCGUUGUUCAAGUUCAUAAAGGUUUUAAUUAAAGCGACAUUUAUAACAUAAGGAGGAAAAUACCACAGCGUUUUCUUUUCUUAAGGGACUCCUCGCAACGUGUUUUUUUCAGUCUGAAGAUACUGGAACCAAAUGUUUAUAUUGAUAUGACUUCAAAUAGCAAAAUGUGUAAUGACCAGCUGGGAGCAGGUUAACAAAGACAGGUGCUAAGCUAAAGUGGUUUGAGUUUGUUCUUAUUAAUUAUUACAGUUAUAAUGCACACAAAGAUUUUUUUUUAAUACUGACCAUUUUAAAAUCAUCAUGAGACUGUUUGGUUUUUAAAGUUCAAAUCUCCUUUUGACUCAAAGGUUAUCUUUAAAACACCAUUUGAAUGUGCCUUAUUUCAAUGGAAGCCUAAUAAACCAACAUGCUUUUAAUCUUA